AUGUCGACUCGCGGACGCAGUCGAGGGCAAGGUAGAGGUAGGAUAGGCACCGUUACUCCUGGCCUGGCAGGGAAUGAUCCAGUAGACUUCAUGGCUGCCCUGGGAAAUAUGGCUGCAGCUAUGCAGGCAACAGCCGGGGCACUAGGUAAUCAGAUAAACCAAGGCAAUCACGGGAACAAUAAUGAUGAGGACGGCCCUAUGACACUUGCUACAUUUCUGAAAGUUCACCCUCCAACCUUUAGGGGAACCUCAAAUCCCACUGAUGCAAAUAAUUGGAUUCAGAAAUGUGUGACGAAGGCGGCAGCAGAGAAGGGAAAUUUGAGGGUGCCUUUUCAGAGGACUUCAGGAAGGGACUUUGCUCUGAGUGAUAGGAAUUUCAAGCGUGAAGGUUUUGUCCCGCAGCAGAAUCAAGGCCAGGACAAUAACAGAAUGCCGAAUACUAAUCCCGAGUAUUUGGUCAAUAAUUGUCUAGAGAAGAAGAAGUAUGAGACUGGUAGGGUACAGCAGCCGGGGAGAGUGUACACCACUUUUGCAGCAAGUACUGAGGGAUCUGACACACUGAUUAGAGGAGCAACUCAUUCAUUUAUUGCAUUUGAAAAGGCUAAUGAAUUAGGAUUGAGAAUGGUGGUUUUAGGUUAUGAUUUGAAAGUGCAUAAUGCUACUCAUGAAGCUAUGGUGACUAGGUUAGAAUGUCCACAAGUUCCAUUUCAAAUACAACAGCGUGAAUUUGUGCAUGAUUUAAUUUGUUUGCCGAUGACUGGUCUUGAUCUCAUCUUGGGAUUGGAUUGGUUAUCUAAGAAUCAUAUUUUUCUUGAUUGUUCUGAGAAGUUAGUACAGUUUAUGCCGGAAGGGUCAGAAGCGUCGGUUGUGGUGAAUAGUUACUAUUUGAACUCUAUGAUAGUAAAUUAUUCUGGAACUGAAUGUCAGGGUAUUAUGUUAUUAACUGCGGGAGUAUCAGGUGAUGAUAAGAGUUUAGAGCAUAUUCCGGUUGUAUGUGAAUUCCCAGACGUGUUUCCGGAUGAUAUUAAUGAAUUUUCACCUAACUGGGAGGUUGAAUUUGCAAUUGAGUUGGUGCCUAGAACUGGUCCGAUUUUGAUUACUCCUUACAGGAUGUCACCUUUAGAAAUGGCUGAAUUGAAAGCUCAGCUGGAAGAUCUGUUGAGUAAGCACUUUAUUUAUUCGACCAAGUGUUUCUCCAUGAGGGUUAGCGAUGAAGAUAUUCUGAAAAGUACUUUCAGAACACGUUAUGCUCAUUAUGAGUAUACGGUGAUGUCUUUUAGGUUAACCAAUGCUCCAGUAGUAUUUAUGGAUUAUAUGAUCAGGAUUUUUCGGCCGUACCUAGACAAGUUUGUUAUUGUCUUCAUUGAUGAUAUUCUUGUUUACUCUAAGACUGAGGAGGAGCAUGCUGAUCACUUGCGAACUGUGCUGCAAAUUCUGAGAGACAAAAAGUUAUACGCUAAGUUAUCUAAAUGCAAAUUUUGGAAGAGUGAGGUGAAGUUUCUCGGUUACGUAGUGAGCAAUCAGGGAAUAGCUGUAGAUCCUGCUAAGGUGGAAGCAGUAAUGAAAUAA